UUCACGUCCUCUUCAAUGGCAGCCUGAAAAAUGAUAGAGAUGUCCGUUGACAAAGAAACUGUAUUAUCAUGUGAGGGGAAAACAGACCCUCCUUCCCAUGCACCUGAACUCUCUGGAAAUGAUACCAUCAUCCUCCAUUCACCCAUAAAGACGACCGACUCACACCUUUGCAAAGAGGACCGUAAAGAAACAGGAAGUGAGACAUCACACGAGCACAAAGAGAGAACUGCAGGUAGCAAAGUGGAGAAUGAAAGUGGCUUGCUCGAGACUAAUUUGUCUACGCAGGCCCAAAAUGAUACCCAGCAGUUCAAAACCCAACCGCAGAGAAUCAAUAAGCGGCGCAACACUAUGAGCGCCGGAUUCAAGUACCCCGGUUUCGGUAAACGACGCCGCCGUGCCAAUUCGGAGAGCAGCUCAGUCUUACCGACAAACUUCCUGCUGGGCGGGAACAUUUUUGACCCACUCAACCUUAACAGCCUUUUGGACGAAGAGGUGAACCGGGCACUUAAUGCAGAGACGCCCAAGUCCUCGCCACUGCCGGCCAAAAGCAGAGACCCUGUGGAGAUCCUGAUACCCAGAGACAUCACAGACCCCCUCAACCUUAACUGCCCAAGUGCAGGAGACAGAAGUUUUAUGGUGUCUCCCCUUAAAAGUGGUGGUGGUGGCAGGCGAAGACAUCGGAACAAGCACCAUGGAGCAGGCGCAGGAGGAGGUGCACGAGGUUUGGGUGAAGCGGCCAUAACACAGACUGAACUAACAGAGUCGAAUGGCUCCUCGGCUGUCCAAGCUGAUAGAGCCGCAUCAGUGCCCAUGUCAUGUUUGGAUUCAGGCACUGAGGUGGACAGCCAUGUCCCUGAGGUCCUGAAAGAGGACCAAAUGCCAUUGAGCUCCACUCUUGAGUCUCUGGGUUUAAACCAGCCUGAUUCAAAUACUAGUGGCAAUGAUGAGAAAGACAAAAGGCCUAGCGUGCCACCUGGCAUCGACACCAACCUUUCAUCAAAGAGGCCACGCAGACGCAAGCGUGCCGGGAGCAGAAUGGAAAUUUCAGACGGUUCACAUGUGGCAAGAAACUAUUCUCAGCCCUUUCACCCCACAGGAACGGGUUGUGAAGGUCCUAGCAGGCCGCAACAACAUCCAAGCCAUUGCAGGUCACAGUGCAAUGACAAGCAGCAGCAGCAGAGAAAGAAAUUUCAGUACGGCAACUACAACAAAUACUAUGGAUAUCGGAAUCCAGGGCUGAGUGAAGAUCCUCGAAUCCGGGUGUUGAAACCAGCGUGGUUCCAAGGGAAGGCCGUGUUAGAUUUGGGUUGCAACACUGGACACCUAACUCUGUCCAUCGCCAAGAACUGGCGACCGGCGCGAAUCGUGGGUCUGGAUAUUGACGGAGAGCUGAUACACGCCGCCCGACAGAACAUACGCCAUUACCUGUCUGAAGUACAUGUGCAGCAGGCCCGACGUUCAGGGGAAAAUGGAGAGAGGAAUGCAGAAGAUGUGAAAGAGAGAAAAGAGGAGAUUGUGUAGGAAAUGAGAGAGCUGGAGAGAAUCGCUGUGGAUGAAAUAAACACAUGCAUGGCUGAAGUCCCUAAAGAAAAGGAAGGCAGGUGGAAGAAUAAAGCGAAUGAUCCAGAGCAUAAAUCCACAGAUGACAAUCAGGAACGAGAGGAUCGGAAAAUGGAAGACGGGGCAUGUGUGGGUCUCCCUGAUGGGAAAAAUUCAUUCCCAGUGUCGCUCAGGAUCUCAAGAGGACCCAUAGCUGCCCCUCCUUUGCCUGACACGAGCACAAACAAUCUACCACCUGGAGAUUUCCCUGCUAACAUCACCUUUGUUAAGGGGAAUUACGUGCUGGAAAGUGACUUGUUGCUUCAGACGCAAAAGGAAGAAUAUGACGUGAUCCUGUGUUUAAGUGUGACUAAAUGGGUCCACCUGAACUGGGGUGAUGCAGGACUCAAACGGCUCUUUCACAGGGUUUACAGACACCUGAGACCAGGAGGACUUUUCAUCUUAGAGCCUCAGCCAUGGAACUCUUACGGCAGGAGAAAGAAACUCACUGAGGUCAUCUAUAAGAACUACCACAGCAUACGAUUUAGGCCGGAUCAGUUCUCUUGCUAUCUGACUACUGAGGUUGGCUUCACCAGUUAUGAGCUCAUCGGAAAUUCACAGAGUUUAUCUAGAGGUUUUCAGAGACCAAUCUACCUUUUUCACAAAGGACCCUCACGUCAGAAGUGAUAGCACCAGUUUGGACCACCAGACCAGAAAAUUCAAGACUUUGAUAUGGAAAGCAACCAGCAUUUAAAGCCUCUGUAACUUUUGAGCAUUUUUCAUAUUUCUUUGAAAUUGGUACAAGACUAAAACUGAAUUUGACACUUUCGAUAUUCGGAAUAAUUGGUGCUAAAUUUAAAUUUCGCUCUCCGGCUAUUAAAAUGCAAAAAACCUCUGAUGUUUCCAGUGAAGAUCUACACCAAUGAACCUACAGAGAUGUCAGCAGGUGUUACUGGUUUCUCUCAAACAACAGUCCAGUGCUGGAAAAGAAAUCAAUUUGCGUCAAGUAAUUUUCUUAAUGUUCGUAAAUACAAAUUAAUUAUUUUGGAAUGAAAGGAAUAAUGUUGAAAUUCCCAAAAGUGAAAUCUCAAGAAAUGCUGUCUUUCAAGCACACAAAAAAUAAAUGUAUACAUUCUUCUUAUGAUCUUUAGAGAUUGAGGAUUUGAAAUGUUUGGUUAUAUUUGCAAGAUGUAUAUUAUUUGUUUUGAGUUUUUUUGUUCAAAAGGAAAUAUUAGAGUCUGUUCACCAAAAUGUUCACGUGAAGCUCUGGUUUAUGUUCUUUUGUUUUUGCUGUGGAAUUCACUUUUUUUGUUAAACAACAAGCAUUGCUUUUAAUAAAGAGAGGAUAUUUCCUUUUUAUGUCGAUUUUAACAUCCGUCUAUUUAUCACCGGUUUUGCAGCCAGAUUAAACUAACAAACUGCCAAUAGGUCUCCAUUCAUAUUAUUUUCUGGUCUACCCAGGACAUAAUUUAGUCUUUAACAUCUCAAGUUCAAGACUCCCAGUGUGAUGUCCUGAAAAACAGUCAAGUUUCUAUUGAAUUGGAAGGAUUUGACUUCUUUUUGAAGUGGUGCAUCAAGGAAUGAUAAUGAAAUUCAUUUUUUAUCUGAAUGUAUUCUGAUUUGUUAAUUGUUAAAAGUUGUUAAUUUGUUUAAAGUGAAACCAAUUUCCACUGAUGUAUGACACAUUGUUAGUUGUAUUCAUAUUAAAAGUUUGCACUAAAAUGAGGGAACAAAUUGGUCUCCCAUAUUUGUAUUUUGUGCAAAAAGUUGAUGAAUCUCUAAAAAGAGUUAUUUUGCAUUGAAAGGGCCAAUUCGAAGCAAUUGACAAAAAUAAACUGCAAAAUAAUAUGG